CGACUCAUCCUCGACGCGACCAACUAGCUCCUCAAUUGAUCUGUUGGGCUUUUAACUCAAUCCCUCUGCAGCUACUCGCGUGACAUAAUCUUAAUUACUUUAGUUACGUGCCGGACGUGUACGACGCGAAGAAUAACAUUAACAACAUGGAGUCUUCGCCUCCAAGGAGCAGUAGAGCUGCUUCUGUGGCAGGUAUCAAGCGUCCGGCGUCCCUGCUACCUGCUUUCGAGCCAUUGAGCUCGUCCCCGUCACUGCCUCGACCACAGAAGCGUGUAGCACGCGAGGACCAUGCUCUCGUGUCCACCUAUCCCACCCCGGUCCCGACCUCGUCGACCCAUAUCAUGUCCUCCUCCCCUCCCCGAAUGGCCCUACCACGCCCGGCCUCUCGACGGACCUUCACCUCCACCUCGGAGCGGACUCCUCUGUCCACGGUCCCCGAACUCAUGCUUCCUGAGAGCGGUGAGCCGGUGUUGAUGGGUAGAUCCAGUGCCUCGUGCCAUCACCAACUCGCUGCCAACCGGAUGAUCUCGAGGGUACACGUCAAGGCUCGGUAUAAGCCGGCUCCUAACCCAUUCGACCGUGAUACGGUGGAGAUUAUGUGCUUGGGAUGGAAUGGUAUCAAGUUGCACUGCCAGGGAAAAACGUAUGACUUGGGCAAGGGCAAGACUUUCACCUCGGAUAUCAAGGACGCGGACAUUAUGAUUGAUGUCCACGAGGCUCGCGUGCUCGUGCAAUGGCCUCGCAGCGACAAGAAGGAUUACACGUCGACUGAUUCGGAACAGACCUGGGAAGAAGAAGCUACGCCCAAACAACGCAAAUCACAAUCCAUGCGCAGUAUCCACGACAGCCCUGAGGUCGAGCGUCAACGCCUAGCCUCCCCGGUCUCUCCCUCGCCUGCCGUAAAGUCUCUGGUGACGCCAUCCUCGCCUAUGUAUACCCCUACACGCUCGCGGAAUGCUGUGGUGGUGUACGAAGACGAAGGGUCUCCUGUUCGCCGCCCCAUAUCUGAAGGGCCUUUGCUGGCCGACACCCAGACGUCUUCUUCCAGUGUAGAAGACCUUCUGCAGAGCUCACAGUCGAGUGAUCUGAGUGACCUGAGUAGACACGAUGACUUUUCGGACCAUGAUGAAGAGAAUGAUCCCAUCAUCCAUUCGUUCGGACCUUUUGGUGAGAACCUCUUGCCUCGGAUGGCCUCGUUCACCGCAGAUGAGUCACCACUCCAGCCUGCCCGGCCACGCAACCAGCUCUCGUCCCAGCAUCUUCAACACGCCAAGUCCCCGAAACAGCCAGCGAAGACUGCAGAAUCUACUGUUGAGGACGAGCAUGCGGAUGAUGUUACACCAGCCAAGCCUCAGCCUCUUGACGAAAGCGGAGAACGGGUGCAGAACCACGCUGUCAACCAAUUGGCUUUCUCACGCCUCUCCUCGACGCCCUUCUCGACCAUCUUGAACAAUCUCCCUCCAGCUCUGUGGAAGCGGGACAGUCACUCGAGACAGGGACCGACGAGAGAGGAGAUUCGUGUGAUCCUUGAUACGACUAAAUGCAUUGGCAAGGUCGCUCGUGAGGGCAAGGAUGCCGCAGGGAAGGCUUUAGAGAGUGAAUACUACUAUAUUCCGGACUUCGAUGAGGACGAUAUGCGACGGGAGGCCGUUGUCCAUGAUCUCAGGAAACCUGGUCUCCGGAACUGCCGCAAACAGCACAAGCAAUACUUCUGGCGCAAGCCGAAAUAAAUAUGAAUCAUAUAUUAUUCAAGAACAUCCUCCUUCUUUGAUUUCCUGGUACAUAUUUUGCUACGCUUUUCCCCUACCUUUCCCCUACCUUU